AUGGGUGUCUGUUUCACUUCCCUCGCUCGCCACCAAUCACCCCACUCUACAUCCCCUCAUUUAGGUUCAGCAACAGUAUCCUUGGAGACCGAGGAAGGAAAGCAUGAAGCUUCAGAGUUGUCAGAGGUUGGUGAAAGCACUUGUAAUAGUAACAGCAAUAGCAUUGUUUUUCCGAGUGUGGAAAUGAGGACCUUGAAGGAGUUUAAUUUCGCGGAGCUGAAAGCAGCAACCAAGAGUUUCAAGUCUGAUGCAUUGCUUGGAGAAGGAGGUUUCGGGAAGGAUGGGCCUUCAAGAGUGGCAGGAACAGUUUCUCACCCAAACUUGGUCAAGCUUUUGGGUUACUGUUGUGAGGAUAUGGAAUUUCUCCUAGUGUACGAAUUCAUGCCGAAGGGAAGCUUGGAGAAUCAUCUAUUUUGGAGAAAUAAUAAUAACACACAAGCAUUGUCUUGGGACACUCGACUCAAAAUAGCCAUUGGUGCAGCUCGGGGCUUGGCUUACUUGCACACUUCAGAGAAGCAAAUCAUAUACAGAGAUUUCAAAGCCUCCAAUAUUCUACUUGACGAGGAGUACAACGCAAAAAUAUCAGAUUUUGGUUUGGCCAAAUUAGGCCCUUCUGCGGGAGAUUCACACGUGACUACCAGGAUCAUAGGAACAUAUGGUUAUGCUGCUCCAGAAUACAUUGCAACAGGCCACCUUUAUGUGAAAAGUGAUGUUUAUGGAUUUGGUGUUGUGCUGCUUGAAAUGCUGAAAGGGAUGCGGGCACUUGAUACAAACCGCCCUCCAGGGCACCAGAAUCUGGUUGAAUGGAUUAAGCCUUUUCUCUCUGAUAAAACCAAGUUGAAAAGUGAUAUCAUGGAUGAGAGGAUUGAGGGUCAGUAUUCAACCAUGGCAGCACUGAAAGCAGCACAGCUUACUCUAAAAUGCCUUGAAUCUGACCCUAAGAAACGUCCUUCUAUGAAAGAAGUUCUUGACACAUUGGAAACCAUCCAAACAAUCAAUGUUAGAAGGAGGGAAAAAAAGAAACAUAUUUCCAAGUUUGCAACUACGAACAGUUUCCAAUAG